AUAUUUAAAGAGGAAGAAACUGAAUGUACCACAGAACACAAUGGCACUCUGGAGAAGUAUCUGUGUGCUAAUGGUAGUCAUUCUUCUGUCAAAAGCUUCAUACUCACAACUGAGUGUUUGUGGUAGGCCCCCCCUUAACACCAGAAUAGUGGGGGGUCAGGAUGCCCCAGAAGGGAGCUGGCCAUGGCAGGCUAGUCUUCACAUAUUUGGUGAUCAUCAGUGUGGGGGAUCACUCAUCACUAAGGAUUGGGUGCUGUCUGCAGCUCACUGCUUCGACAGCACAUUUGUCAAUCCCUGGUCCGUUUAUCUGGGCCGACAGAACCAGGAGGGUAGCAACCCUCAUGAAGUGUCCAUAGGGGUGGGUCAAAUUGUACUUCAUCCUGAUUAUGAUGCCCAAUCCAGCGACAAUGACAUUGCUCUGUUGAGGCUAGCCUCCCCAGUCAACUUCACGAACUACAUCCGGCCCAUUUGUCUGGCAGCAAGUGCUAGCACCUUCCAUAGUGACACAAGCAGCUGGGUAACUGGCUGGGGGGCGAUCAAUGAGGGAGUUGCACUUCCUUCCCCUCAAACAUUGCAAGAAGUGGAGGUGCCAGUUGUAGGUAACAAACAGUGUACCUGUCUGUAUGGGGAGGGCCAAAUCACAGAAAACAUGAUGUGUGCUGGCUUAUCCACUGGAGGAAAGGACUCUUGUCAGGGAGACUCAGGGGGACCUAUGGUGAGCAAACAGAACAGUGUGUGGGUCCAGUCUGGAAUUGUUAGUUUUGGUAUUGGCUGUGCUCGUCCCAAGUUCCCAGGAGUGUACACCAGGGUGUCCCGCUAUGAAGCCUGGAUCAACUCCCAGAUAAACACUGAGCAGCCAGGUUUUGUCACAUUUUCCUCUAAUGGGACAGACAGUGACAACAGUUUCACUUGUUCUAGCCUUCAACCAUCUACUCAGCCUCCAACAACAGCACCAGCUGCAGUGUGUGGCAGUGCCUCCAGUAAUCCCCGUAUCGGUGGGAACAGUGGGCUGGCCACAGAUGGAGCAUGGCCCUGGCAGGUCAGUCUACACAAGGAUGGGGCUCACGUCUGUGGGGGCACCCUCAUCACUGAUGAGUCCGUCAUGAGCGCUGCAGAAUGCUUCUCCAGAACACAGCCCAAUGCCAGCGAAUGGACAGUGUUUCUGGGUCGCUUGAAACAGAACGGUUCAAACCCAUUUGAGGUUUCAAUGAAUGUUUCAAGCAUUACCCUGAGUAACUUGACAGGCAAUAAUAUUGCUGUGCUGAAACUUGCCAAAAAGGCAAAGCUCACCAGCUCCAUUCAACCUGUGUGUUUGGAUUUGGGUGAUGGAAAUAUCGGCACCGGAACCCAGUGCUGGGUGACAGGGUGGGGCAGUGGCCAGGGUGGAGUGGAACAAGCCCUACAAGAGUUUAAAGCCAAUGUAACAGAGUGCGCAAAUAUCUCCGUUGCUGAAAAUAUCUGCACAGAACCUGUGGAGAUACAGCAGGGAGAUGUAGGUGGCCCCUUAGUGUGUAAAUGGGGCAUUUCCUGGUUCCAAGCUGGCAUCAUAAUGGCAAAUGAUGACAGGAACGGCACUACUGGAAAUGCCAGCACGUUUCGCGCAUCUGGCGCACAGAUCUUUGCCAAACCCUCCCAGUUUGGAAAUUUCUUGAGAGAAACCGUGGGUAGUUUCCCACCUCCAGCCAAUAUCACUGUCACCACAGUCACCCCAAUGACCAGCAUGACUACGAGUGGAGCCCCAUGCAUCCUUUCUCUAUCCCUUCUGCUCUUGCUCUUCUCACCCCUCUUUUCACUCUUCCUACUUGUAGAGUGGGUGCACUGAGACUGAGGAAGACUUUUCUUUUUAGGGCACAGGGCAUUAGCACUAUUGUACUAUUUGGUAAAUCAUCAGACAUUUUGGGGACUUAAAAGUGAUUAUGAUUAUCUUCCCGUUUCCGCACUUUCCCAAUGGCACCCUGACAAAUGAAUAUGAUGCGCACCAGUGAACUGUGUGUUUCCUACGUUAUGCUUGAAGUUCUAACAAUGGAAUUACUAUAUUUUUAAAGCAUUAUCAUCAUGACAUCAGGGGAAAAAAUCAUAAUGUGGUAGUUGGUUGUUUACUUAUAACAACACAUAACCUCAAUGGUGUUUUGAAGCCAGUAAGUAAAUAUACUGUACUCAUGUACAUAUUUCAUGGUAAAAUGAGAUAAGCAUUCUUGCAUAUAACAUGGACAAAAGGGGUGGCAUAUAUACGACAAUCCUUUGUGUUACUCUGUUUUUUUAUAUGCAGUGCUAGAUUUUUUUUUGUGUAUGUAUUUGCAUGUAUGUCACAAUUUGAAAGACAGAAUGUUCUAUGAUUGUGAAAAAGAAAGUUUAAGCAAUGUACUUGGUGGUUUUGUUUACUUGUUUUUUUUUAAAUCCAUCUUGCUAUUUUGCUUUGUUGCAAUGGAGGAUGGGGUUGGGGGGGGGGGGCUUGUUUGUUCUUGUUUGUUUUUACAGUAUUAAAAACAGACUAAUUUAAACAAGUACUUUUUUGCAUUGAAGCAUUUAUAUUUUCCAUGCUCAUAAUAAAAGACACUACUGUUGGUGGA